UAACAAGACUGUUCGAUAAAGCUUGCAAAAUUUGUGUACUGUAAUGCCUAUAAGACUUGUACAUACAGUGUAAUUGUGUAUUUUUUAGGUUUCCAGUUUAUCUUGGCAUUAAAAACACAUGACGUAGUAAUGAUAAUUAAAACGACAUCAGUGUUAGGCGGUCUAAUGUUACAGUUAUUUGUCUAUAGUAUUGUAGGCGAUUAUCUGAAGUGUCAAAUGGAAGAAAUUGCGGACUCGAUCUACAGCUGCAAUUGGUACAACUUUCCAUUAAAAUUAAUGAGAAAUGUAGUGUUCGUCAUUAUACGGUCGCAAGAACCUGUUCAGUUGCUAGCUGGUAAAUUUUUCGUCGUAAACAUCAAGUCUUUUAUGACCAUAUUAAAAAGCUCGCUCUCGUACAUAUCCGUCCUACGGGUGAUGGUGGACACGUAAGGCGUAGGUAUU